GGGAAAUCUGUACAAACUUGAAGGGUGAAAACCGUAUUUUCCCCAAAUAUAAUCAAUUGGGGUUUCCCGUCAAACCCUAGAUAAACCUCCCUUAAUUUUUCUUAUCAAUUUCUUCCCAAAAUCCCCAAAUUCCGAAGCCCUAAUUACCAAAUUCGCAGCCUGAUUACUUCGAAUUCCAGUGCGAUUUUCAGUCGGUUGCUUUGAGGUGCGAUUUCUGAACUAAUGGAAAAUGCAGAAUACGAAAGGAGUGUAUCAAAGGAUGAAAUCAUCAAAAUAUAUUCAGAUUUCAUGACGAGGAUCACACAAUUCGAAGAGCUUGUGUCGAUAAGCAGCAGGUUUCUUGUCGGCUUUCAUCAAGCGCUCGGGUUUUUAGGGCGGCCGUCGUUUGAUAAGACAUCUACGUUGGUUGAGCGCAUCGUUAAAGCUCAUGGUUCGAGUAGGGUUUUAUCCUAUGUCGAAGCUGGAUGCGUCAACAGUCACGACAGUGUACAGAAUGUGAGCAAAUUGCGUACAUGCCAUCUCGGACUUCAGGAUCACAUGAAUAAAGCUAAAGUUGUUGUCGAUGAACUGAAAUGCCUUAUGGAUGGCGCAGCAUCCAUUAUGCAAACUGCAAAUGGGAACAAGGAAGAUGAUAACCUCAAUUUAGAUUCUUUUGUUACUUCAAGCGAAGAAGAGGAGGCACCAUCAUCAGACCUUUCGAAACCCGAAGUUACUGAUUAUGCUAUUAUGAUGGCUAUUAUAUACAGUAUGGUGAAACAAGAUUACACAAUGCAGGUGCGGAUUGUAUCGUCGCUCAAUCUGAAGUCUUCAUCGGAGGAAUUGGAGACCUAUUGCCAGAUGUGGUCUUUACGACCUUUUGUAGAUGAUGACAAAAUGCGUAAAGCUUGGAGUCUUGUCCCGUUUUCGUAAUUUUGUAAGAAUUUAUUAGUGCGGGUUUCUUGUGGCAUUACAUUAAGUGUUCUUGUUAUUGACAAGGAUUUGAAGUCCACAGGCAUGCAAAUUUGGAAGAAUGUUUUUUGAAUUUCUCCGAUUCGAUACAAUUUAUUUAAACAAUGCUUUUUAUUCCGAAUUCCGUCAAUUCUAAUUGACGAUUUU